CUCUUCAAAGUGCUGUUCCAGCAGCAACUGAUCAAGACACUGGACUGGUCACAUCUGGAUUACCUGACACACACACACACGCACUGAUGGUUUGAUGAUAAAAGUCCAGACACAGGUGGAAGACAGAACGGCAGCAACAGAUGUGGCCGGUGAGAAAGAAACCAGGUAUACACUUGAUUCAGUGACAGAAGAACUAGUCGAAGGAGAACGUCCUGUCACUGCUACUCCAGUAAUGAAAACAAAGUUACAAGAAUCCACAUCAGAAGCACCAUCAGUGAUCACUGAGAUCAAAACCAUCCCAGAGAAAGUGGUUGUGACAUCAACUGUGGAAUCUCCAGCAACUGUGGAAACGGAGAUAACAGAGAAAGUUUCAAUCAAACUACCACCUUCUCCUGAAGUUGAGAGUUCUGGUGAAGAGUUGAUUACGUCCAAACAAAUAGUUCAAUUUGGUCCUGAUUUUUCAACAUUAGAAAUGAGCUCUACUCUUUUACCAGUAACUAGUAAAACUCUGGUUGACACAAAAACUCUUCAAAGUACUGUUUCUGUUACACGUGAGACUGAGAUGGAAUUUUCUGGAUCUGGUUCGUGGGAGGAACAAACAGAGAAGGAUGGUUUGUUGGUUAAAGUGCACACACAGACCGCAGACAAGUCUGCAUCAACAGUCGUGGUUGGCGAUAAGGAAACCAGAUACAUGUUUGUUCCAGUCACCAGUGAAAUGGAAGAGGUUUAUCCUCAUGAUACAGUUACACCAGUCAUUGGAAAAGCUUCAUCGGAAAUACCUUCAGUGUUCACUGAGAUCAAAACCACCCCAGAGAAAGUGGAUAUGGAAUCAACUGUGAAACCUCCAGUAAUUGAGGAAUCUGGAAUAACAGAGCGAGAUUUAGGCAAACUACCAUCUUUUCCAGAGUUUGAGAGUUCUGGUGAAGGGUUAUUUACCAUCAAACCCACUGGCCAGUUUCAACCUGAUGCAUCCACACUAGAGGUGAGCAGCCAAGAAACUCCAGUGACAAGCAGAACUUCAUUGGAUGAGGAAGUACUUCACAGUGCUGUUCCAGCAGCAACUGAUCAAGACACCGGACUGGUCACAUCUGGAUUACCUGACACACACACACGCUCUGAUGGUUUGAUGAUAAAAGUCCAGACACAGGUGGAAGACAAAACGGCAGCAACAGAUGUGGCCGGUGAGAAAGAAACCAGGUAUGCACUUGAUUCAGUGACAGAAGAACUAGUCGAAGGAGAACGUCCUGUCACUGCUACUCCAGUAAUGAAAACAAAGUUACAAGAAUCCACAUCAGAAGCACCAUCAGUGAUCACUGAGAUCAAAACCAUCCCAGAGAAAGUGGUUGUUACAUCAACUGUGAAAUCUCCAGCAACUGUGGAAACGGAGAUAACAGAGAAAGUUUCAAUCAAACUACCACCUUCUCCUGAAGUUGAGAGUUCUGGUGAAGAGUUGAUUACGUCCAAACAAAUUGUUCCAUUUGGUCCUGAUUUUUCAACAUUAGAAAUGAGCUCUACUCUUUUACCAGUAACUAGUAAAACUCUGGUUGACACAAAAACUCUUCAAAGUACUGUUUCUGUUACACGUGAGACUGAGAUGGAAUUUUCUGGAUCUGGUUCGUGGGAGGUACAAACAGAGAAGGAUGGUUUGUUGGUUAAAGUGCACACACAGACCGCAGACAAGUCUGCAUCAACAGUCGUGGUUGGCGAUAAGGAAACCAGAUACACGUUAGUUCCAGUCACCAGUGAAACGGAAGAGGGAGCUGCCUUUGAUACCACUAUGCCGGCAAUUGGAAAAACAUCUGAAGAAUCUUCAACAGAAGCACCAUCAGUAAUCGCUGAGGGUAUAACAAUCCCAGAGGGAGAGGUUCUGGAGUCAACUGUGAAAUUUCCAGCAAUGCGAGGAACUGAGAAGGUUUUAGUCAAACUGCCCUCUUUACCCGAUUUUGAGAGUUCUGGUGAAGGAAUGUUUACUAUCAGACCCACUGGCCGGUUUGACCCUGAUGUUUCCACACUGGAGUUGAGCAGCCAAGAAACUCCAGUGACAAGCAGAACUUCGUUGGAUGAGGAAGCUGCUGUCCCAGCAGCAACAAUUGAGGACACCACCGAUCAGGAAACCAGGUAUGUAUUCGAAUCAGUGACAAAAGAAUUGGAUGUAGAGGAACGCCCUGUCACUGCUACACCACUAUUGAAAACAAUGUCACAAGAAUCCACAUCAGAAGCACCACCAGUGGUCACCGAGAUCAAAACCAUCCCAGAGAAAGUGGUUACAGCAUCAACUGUGAAAUCUCCAGCAACUGUGGAAUCAGGAAUAACAGAGAAAAUUUCAAUCAAAUUACCUCCUUCUACAGAAUUUGAGGGUUCUGGGGAAGAACUGAUUACUGCCGAAAAAAUAGUUCGAUUCCACCCCACUAUUUCAACGAUAGAAAUUAGCUCUACUCUUUUACCAGUGACUAGUAAAACUCUAGUAGGUGUGGAUGUGGAAGCUCUCCAGAGCACUGCUACAGUUGAGGGUGAGACUGUGGAGGACUUCUCUGGCUCUGGUUUGCCUGAGGCACACACAGAGUUGGACGGCUUGAUCGUCACAGUGCACACACAGGCGGCAGAUCAGUCUGCUUCACCAGUCGCUUUUGGUGAUAAGGAAACCACAUACACAUUUGCCCCUGACACCACUGCAAUCGAUGAGAUGUAUCCACCUACUUCAAUGACACCUGCAAUUGAAAGGCAGUCUCAGGGAUCUACAACAGAAGCACAAUCUGUAAUCGCUGAGAUCCAAACCAUUUCAGAGAAAGUUAUUGAGGAACCAUCUAUGCAACCUCCAGCAACGGACGUUUCUAUAAUAACGGAGAAAGAUAUGGACAAACAAACACCUUUCCUGGAAGACUUUGAGAGUUCAGGAGUGGAGAUGUUUACAGAUAAGCCACCAAUUCAGUGGUCCUCUCCAAAAAUGAGCAGCCAACCAGUUACCUUGUUGAACAAAACGUUUUUGGAUGAGGAAGUUACAGCUGCACCUGGGAUAGGCAAAGGAAUGUUCACACUUGGGCCCAGGACCCACACCGAGGCAGAGGAUCUGCUGGUGGAAACAUAUUCACAACCGGACGACAAGUUUCCGACGAGUGGUUUAGAGAGCAAAAGUAUGUUUAUGUCAAUUUCAGUCAUAGCGGAAAUGGUGGAUGGUGUUCGCCUUGAAACCGUCACGCCAUCAUUUGAUCUAAAGUCUCAAAAAUCCACAUCAGAAGCAACAGCAGCAAGUACAGUGUUGGAAAGCAGGCCAGGAACCAUGGCGACAGAGUCUUCUGAGGGAUCUCCAGUGAUUAGAUUACCCACUGCAACAGACCAGCAUUCACAGGAACCAUCACCAUUUUCAGUCGUGAAGAGUUUUGGCACUGAAUCAUCUGCCAAAGAUGUUACGGAGAUUUCGGUUUCAAAAUUGAGUGGCACUGUGACAUUAUUAAGUACAAGUGUUCUCCAUGCUGAUGUUACUCCAGCAGAGGAGGAAGGCAUGUCUGCUAAAUCAGAGCUAUCUGUAAAAUCCACAACUGAAGGAUCCACUCCAUCAAUGAUCAAGACAGCCUCCGAGAUUCAGGCUGGGGAAGAUGAACGUUCAGGUGAAGACAUGUUUACUAUUACAACUCUGCCAUUAGUCACGGGCAUCUCUGAUGAAGAUAGCAAGGCUAAGGAAGGUACUUUGAUAUCAGAGGUCACCCAGCAAAUUUCAGUGACAAAAAAACCAUCAGUGAUACCAUCCACAGAUUCCUUGGUGUCCGAGGAAAGUACUGAAGGAGUGGAAGGUGGACUCAGCCAGACUUCAGAAUCGGAACACUCUGAAGAAGGAGAGGAUAGUACAAGUGAAGAAGACUCAACUGAGAGGACAGUGCUGAUAACUAAAGAUUCGAUGGAAGUAAGCUCAAGCACAAUUGUCCCAUUACGUGAGCAGGAGAGCUCUAGUGAAGGUGGCCAUUCAGUAAAAGUGCAGCCAACCAUUUUCACUGCAGGACCACAAGAGAAAACUGAACUUUCUAUUGAACCAAAAUUGCAACCAACUGAAGGUUACUACAGGCAGUCAACACCUCCCAAGGAGCAAUUGAGGGCUGUUCAUGAGGGAAGCAGAGAAACAGUCGUCAUUUUUACCGAGGGAACGAGUUCUUCUAAUUUAACAGAGGUAAAGUCUGUCAUCCAACCUGCUACUACUUAUGUCCCUGAUCUGACCGGUGAAGAGCUUUUAUCAAAGGAACCUCAAAUAGUUGUUAGCAGUAUUCACGUCAACCAAACAGCGGAAAUGACUGAAACUCCUGUCCUAACAGUAAGUGGAAAAGAUGGUUUUCAGCCUCGGGUGGUUCAUGGGGUAAGCGUCCAAGAUGGCGGUCACUUAAAUUACACACAAAUCAUUCAGAGCAUUGAGAUUGGUCAGAUAGAUCGUAAGAAAUUUGACUUUAUGCGACACACUGGUACAGAAGAACUGACAGAGGUUCAACCGGGUACAAUGGAAUCUGCCGUUCAGACACCAGGGUCACCAACAAGUUCCAGCGAUGAUGCAGAUGAACUGCCGGGAGAUGAAAGUACUGAUGGUCCCCAUGAAUAUAUUAGUGUCAUUUAUAUUAAUGGGAAGGACAGUGGGUUGAGCAUUCUGGACCAACAGGAAAUCGGAAUCACCACAAAAUCAGAUGGUAUCAUUGAUGCUGAUCGAAAAUUGGAGGAUGUUAGAGAGGAAAUUGAAGUAAAAAUUGUGUCACCUACUCAUCUGCCAAUGGAUAAUGUGUCGCAAAGUUUGGAAAAGACCAAAACUGAGGAAGUGAAGUACGAUGACACUGAAGACUGGAGUAGAUUCAUUAAGACAGAUGUUGAUGGAUCAGGAGAUCUCUCGACACCUUUAAUGACAGUGACACCGGAACACACACAAACAGUCAGUACAAUGGCUUCCUUUGAUAAAAUCAGACCAAGUGUGCAUGAACUUCAUACAGAGAAGGAUACCUUGAUGGGCACAAUUGUACCAGGAAGAGUUGCAGACACCUCUCAAGAAAUAGUGUCCACUUCAUUCAUUGAAGAUACAAAGGAGAAUGUGUCACAAGCCGUUUCUGGUAAAGAAGAGAUGCUCGCAGCAACUGUGAGGACUACUCUGAAGGAUGGAGAUGGUCCAAGUACAUUUUCAGAAACCUCAACAUACUUAAUGGUCAAUGGUACAGAGUACUCAAGUGUUCGACCCGCAACUGAGCAGGACAUGCCCAUUGAAGCCUUUGGUACAUUCAAAGAUGAAUUUUCUGUAGACAGCACUGUAAGAACUGAAGGUAAAAUAUUUAGUGACAUGCCAGUUAAAGCUGCCACAUCUACACCCACCUCAUCUGUAAUUGUUUUUGAAAUGAUUACUAGAAAAAGUCUGUCCGUGAAAUCGACUUCUGUGCCCACAGCUGAAGAGCAGUCGGUAAUAUCGACGCACAGACCCAGAACACCUGUGGAGGUAUCGACGGAGAGUUUUAUCUCAUCGCCUGCUGAAGUUUUUGUUCGUGAACAGGAACAUACAACAAAGAAGGUCUCUGACGAAAAGCCGGAUGAAGAAUUGAAAGGCACACAAGCCACAACACUGGGAAUGAAAGUGGAAGAAUCGGGAAGGUUGUCAACGAGUGAAGAUACAGGAACAAGUCAGAUAAUAACAUGGCCGACUAUGAUUCACGAAGAGGUUUCACAAACGGCAGGCACCAGGACCGAGGGGGGGAUAGAUGAUACAACAGCUUUAUCCGAACUUGAUGUGACAUUGCAACAAAUGGGAAGGUCAACAGAACACUCCAUUCCCCUUGAAACAUUUGAGAAAGAAUCGCUCGGAACACAAACAACAGCCUAUAUGGUAACUGAGCAAGAAGUGUCUUUGCAUGAAGCAAAGAGGCCCGCUAAAGAACAUGGUGUUGGAACAACAAUCGAUUCCCAAGGAGUCACACUUGAAGAUGUUAAGGCUUCAACGACAGAAAAAGUCUAUGUGGAGAUCUCUAAAGAAACCGUGGUCAGUCCUUCAUUUUUACGGCCAUCUACAGAACGUAAAGCUGAAAAGGAUGUAAUGGAAGCCGCCAGGGCCACAACAGUUCCCCCUUCUUUAUAUCAGAGCUCGACAGGGAAACUGAAGACAUUGGAGCAACAGGAUCUCCAAAAUACCACGGUCGUGUCACUUGAUAGGCAAACAAAGUUAAAGGAAAUCCUGUCUACCCCAUCAUCAUCACCACCUGGCAGAUCAGAAGAUCGGAGGUUAACACAAGCCCCUAAACUCUUGGCAAGAAGCACCGAUGUCCCUGAAACAGAAUCUGACAUCAAAAUGACGGAACCAAUGGUGGCAUCAACAGUUCAUCCGGCAAUUAUUUCUGAUGUUGAUUAUUGGGACUUUAAUAAAACCGGUGAACCUAUAACUGAUGGAGAGGCUGUUCAUAUUCCAGCACAUUUUAACCCAUGUGAAGAAAGACCCUGCCAUCACGGAGGAAGUUGCUUCCUACGAGAGACAAGUUACAUCUGUACCUGUUUGCCUGGAUUUACUGGGGAACACUGUGAACUAGAUGUUGAUGAGUGUCAAUCCAACCCUUGCCAGAAUGGAGCCACGUGUAUAGAUGGCAUCAACUGUUUCAGCUGCGUCUGCUUGCCAAGUUAUGCUGGUGCUUUGUGCGAACAAGAUACGGAGCACUGUGAUUUUGGAUGGCACAAAUUCCAAGGACAUUGCUACAAAUACUUUGGCCACCGACGGACCUGGGAGGAUGCGGAGAAGGAAUGUCGUCUGCAAGGGGCUCACCUGUCCAGCAUCCUCACACACGAGGAGCAACUUUAUGUGAACCGUAUGGGCCAGGACUACCAAUGGAUUGGUCUAAAUGACAAAAUGUUCGAACAGGAUUUCCGCUGGACCGAUGGAAGCCCCCUGCAAUAUGAAAAUUGGCGACCACACCAGCCUGAUAGCUUCUUCUCUUCUGGCGAAGACUGCGUAGUUAUGAUCUGGCAUGAGGAUGGCCAGUGGAAUGAUGUUCCAUGUAACUACCACCUUACCUACACAUGUAAAAAGGGCACAGUUGCCUGCGGCCAACCACCAGUUGUGAAAAAUGCUCGAACGUUUGGGAAGCUGAAGCCUCGAUAUGAAAUAAAUUCCAUGAUAAGAUACCAUUGCAGCCAUGGCUUUAUCCAACGCCAUUUCCCAAUCAUAAAGUGUCGAACGAAUGGAUACUGGGACAAGCCAAAAGUUGCCUGUUUAACGCCUUCCAUAUAUCAACAGAACGCCCCUAGGUAUAUUCACGGGUUAUAUCGGAAAGGAUCGAAAAGUUCAUAUGGUCGCGUCAGACACCACCAUCGCUGGAUCAGCAAAUUCAAUUCAAGACACUGACUACACCACUGAAUGCUACAAGACCCUGUGUAGUGUAAAUCUAAAGGAUGCAAGGUGGGAACAAGCCCAGAGACUGCAUUGUGAAGCUGCUCUUUAACUCACCUGGAUACAAGCAAUCAAAAUAGCAAAUGCAAAAAGGACGCUGUGUUGCCUUUGCAAGGACCAAUUAGGUCUUUCCGAGGUUGAAGUGCUAAUAUAUUAACUUUCUCAGAUAUGGCAGCUUUUUGCAGCCCUCACUAACCACACCACAAUAUGGAGCUGCCUUUUGUUAAAAGGGUGAAUAUAAACCUACAUUUUUUUGUAAAAAAACUCAAAAAAAAUAAAUUAAUUUUUGUAUAUAUAAUCAUCUUAGUGCAUUUUUUUGAAAAAUGAAUGUUUAUGACUGAAUGUGACAGCUGUAUAGCAUAUGUUGUUGACGUAUGGCCAUUUUGUUUAAUUCUUGGGAUUUUAUUCAUUUGCUUUAAGGAAUUGGAUAGAGAAGCAACAAACUAUAUAUUUUUGUAACAUUCUGCCAUUAACCCUUGGGGCAUCUGUGUAAUGCAGCAUGUGCUUUUUUCAAUUAUCUCAAUGGAAACAGAUCUAAAUAUUUCAUUUUGAGUCAAAUUUCAAGGGGAAAAAAAAAAUAUAUUCUCAUUCAAAUCUGUGGGUUCCGGUGGAAAUUUUAAAUUAAAACUAUUUACAUAUUGUAACGAGAAGAAUCAAAUCUCAUUGAUUGAUGUUCACCUGUGGAGAAAUGAGAGUAAAUGAAGAAUAUAUUUGUAAUUCCAAGGGUGGUCAGAGCAAAAAGAAUGUCCGAAAAUUAAAACAGGUCUGGCCAGCAGUUGAAAAAAAAAAUGUUUUGCAGUAAAUUCAUUUCUAAAAAAGAAAAUAUCCUGGUUGCUUCAUCCAUUUCUGUCUCAUUUUGCUUUUUAUGAACAGCAACUACAAAUUACUCUGUAUGAACAUUUCCCUUUACAAUGCACAUAGAGCAAUACUGUAUUUAUAUUUUAAAUUGUAUAGUGUAUAAUGUGAAUGUUUGGAUUUUUGUGACUGAAAUACUGAAAAUAUUUGUUACUUUUUUUACAUAUGUGUUUCACCAAAGAAACCAAAUCAAAUCCUGGUCAUGUUGUUUCUAUUUUCAUGCAUUAGUCCUACUGAUAGAACUGACUUGAAAACCAUUAUUAAAGAAAAUAUUGAAG